AUGAACACGUUUUCGGCGCCAAAUCCUGACCUGGGCACACGACCGCCGCUCGAUACCAUCCCGCUGGGAGCACCUGCAAAUUUUGGCGGGAUUUCGAAGCCAGAGAACAAAGAUUCGUCCACUUCUUCCAGGCUGAUGCUACGUGCUAACGCUUUCCAGAGCACGUUGCCCGUGUUGGCGGCAUUCCCUGUGCUCAUAAUUACGCUGAAGCUCGCUGUGGGGUCUACAGAUACUGAAAGUGCGUUUUCUGGGGUCCUUGUGCGGUGUUUGGUGCUGGUUCUCCAAGGUUUGUUCUUCCUGGGCGUCACUGGCGCUUUGGGCAGCCUGGACGCGUCGUCAGCGCAUUCUGAGCGAUCUGUGAAACCGCUUUGGUUGGGUUUGGCCAGCAUGGUCACAUUUUUCGCCGCUACAGCGUUGCUUCCAGCCACAAGGGUGGCCACAUUAUACUUGGCUCUAUAUUUCAAUUUGUUCACGCCAUACACUGCUGUGGCGUUUUUUUACGACAUGUACAACGAUUUUUGUGCUGAAAUCGUGGCCGGUUAUGUGUUUUUGGUCGGGUCUUUUUUGUUGCUUCGCAAAUCGUUUCUUAAAUACUACAACCCAUUCUCCAGAAACUACGCUUUGCUUUUCGUGGGUGCCGGGGCCACCGCUUUGGUGCUUUUUGCCCUCUAUGCCCACUGCGUCGACUACUUACUAUUUAUGAUGAACUUGGCCGCUGGCGCUUUGCUACUUGUCCUGCUUCCUGAGUCCCAAUUGCGUUCUCCAACGAAUAUGGCCGUUAUUUCGGUCUUCACGUUUUCCUUGGAGACUUUUGUCCUCAAGACAAUCCCAUUCCAUGCACUCAAUGCUUUGGUGUCGAUUGUGCUCCCGCUAGGCGUAAAGAUCGACGUUCUGGACCAAAUAGACGUGCUUUCUUCUUCAGAGGCACCUUCUCCAAACACGCCCCAUCUUUUGUCUGAGAUCCUCAAUCAUUCCGACACGCGUGCCAUUUUCAACUUUCUUUUGCUCAACACGGCGUUUAUGUUUGUGCAGCUCUUGUACUCGUUUCGGCUGAAAUCCUUGGGUCUCUUAAGCGAUUCUCUUCACAUGGCCUUGGACUGUGCAUCUUUGGCCCUUGGCCUCAUUGCAGGGGUGUUGCUGAAGAACCCUGUGAAUCCCAAUGGGCUUUACCCGUUUGGUCUUCAAAAUUUCGAGGUUCUCGCUGGUUUCACCAAUGGAGUCUUGCUUGUGGGGAUCAGCGGAAGUAUCAUUUUCGAGGCUGUAGGACGCUUGUUCAGCCCAGUAGCUCUUCAGCGAACCACAGAGCUCAUCAUAGUGUCGGUGUUGGGGCUUUUGGUCAAUAUAUUCGGCAUUUUUGCAUUCAAUCAUGGCCAUGGACACAGUCACGGACACAGUCAUGGACACUCUCACUCACAUUCCCAUUCACAUUCCCAUUCACAUAGCCACGGCGAGGACGACGACUGCGAGGUCAACGACAACAUGAGAGGCAUAUUUCUUCACAUUUUGGCAGACACAUUGGGGUCUGUGGGAGUGGUAAUUUCGACAAUUCUCACGAAGUUGUUCAAGUGGCAGGGAUUCGACCCAGUGGCAUCGAUCAUCAUUGCAAUCUUGAUUUUUUCCACGGCAGUGCCUCUUAUAAAGUCCACUGGUUCGUCGCUCUUGCUCAAGUUGAAUUCCAGCAGAGAGCAAACCGUCAGAGGCGCCUUGAAUGAGAUCACAGCAAUUAAAGGCAUCAAGCUGUUCACGUCGAUUCGGUUCUGGCCAGCGCACUCGAGACAGCUACGUGGGUUUAUUCAUAUUCAAGUCUACAGGGGAGAGAGCACCGCCCACCUCAAGAAACAGUGCAAGGAGGUGUUCAGGAGACACCACAUUGACGCCAGCAUUCAGAUGGAGAACGACUACGACCCGUGCUGGUGCCGCAAGGAGCGGGAGUAG